GUCAUUUCCAGUGUUCCACCUUGGGCAGCUACAUCGGCCACCAUCCACUGAACUAGCAAGUUUGUAGGACAUCGAAAUCGAAUCAAGAAUGGCAGGGCUUGAACCACUUGUGCAUAUGAUAUACCAUGAGAGGCAGCAGGAGGGAUCAAAUCUUUGUGCGCAGCAUGCGCUUAAUUCACUACUCCAGGGAAACUAUUUUACAGCGCCCGAUCUCUCUCAAUUCGCUCGGAAGUUGGACAUACUGGAGGAGUCAUCGCGUUAUGACGACGCCAAUCGAGCACGCACUAGUACCAAUAUGGAUGAUACAGGAUUUUUCUCGGUGCAAGUGUUGGAAGAGGCACUCAAUGUCUGGAAUCUCAGCCUCGUUCGAUGGCGCUCUGAAGCUAUGAAGCCUUAUCAGAAUGAGCCGCAUAACCAAGUCGCAUUUGUGCUCAACCAGAAUCAACACUGGUACACGUUGCGACGAUUUGGAGAUCUUACUGUUCCAGGUGACGGCCACUGGUUCAACCUCGAUUCCACUAAGCGUCAGCCGCGAUGGAUCAGCAAACUCUACCUUGGCAUGUUCUUGCAACAAGCUGAGAGCGACGGAUACUCUAUCUUUACAGUCACACAGAUUGAUCCAGAUGUACCCUCUCAACUUCCCCACACAGAUGCAGAUGAAAUCGCAUCAACUUUCCCAGAUCCUACCUCGGCUUCAUCGUCACCUCGGGAUGACGCGGAGCCUGGUCUCGAGAACGAAGAUGUGGAGCUGCAAGCAGCCUUGCAAGCAUCACUAGCUGGGGCUGGAGAAUUCGGUGGUUCAUUGGCUAUGCGGGGUUCCUACCCUCCCGCGCAGAGUAGUCUAUUCGCCUCUGAUAUUCGCGGAUCGGGUUCAACUAGAGGAGUUGUGCCAAGCAUUCCUCCCAACCAAGAUCCGUACGGAAACGCUGAUGUUGACCCAAUUACUGCUUCCAUGGAGCGUGAUCGUAUACUCAUGGAGCGCAUGCGACAUGAGCAAGAAUUGGGGUUUAGACAGCAGUACGAGGAGGAGGCUGCACGUUUUGGAAGUCGCCAGCCGCCCUACAGGUCACGAGCAGAAGAUGAACAUGAAGAUGAGCAUUUCCGUCGUGCAAUUGCGGAUUCUCUAGCCGAACGACACACCAGAGAACUUGAUGAUGAUGAUUCUGAAGACUCGGACUAUGUACCUCCCCAAGAAAGGAUACCAUAUGGCAUGGACCGAGUUUAUGAUGACGAUGAUGCCGACUUCCAGGCUGCUCUAAGAGCAUCAUUGGAGAAUGCAUCAUCUCAAUUCACCCCUCUUCCAGUACAACCACUUCGGACACGACAAGCACCUUUACCUCCCGUCUCAGCAGCUGUUGAGGAUAACGAGAUUGAGGAUCAAUCUGAAACGGACACUAGUACGAUUGUAUCCGAAGCGGAAGCACCAAGGGAGUCUGUCAAUGUGGAAGAGAUGCGUAGAAGAAGGCUAGCAAGAUUCGGUAGUUGA